CAUAGCUUGAAUUUCUUCUCUUUGAUUAUUGUGUGUUGUGUCUUUCGCUCUGCUUCUGUUUUCUGCGCUCGUCGUCGUCGGGGUUGUUGUUCGUCGUCUUUCGCUUUGCGCGCUCUGCGAGCACCCACGUUCCUUACCAAACAACUCACCCUAGUCACUCAUUUGCGAGUCCUCCUCGGCGUUGGCAAAAAUUCCAGAGUAUCGCGAGGCGAUGCUCAUGCGUCAACAAUUAUAGCAGAAAAUCUCGCCGCACGCGAAGCACCAUGCGCAAACGGACAAUUACUUCGAGCGCAAGCGCUCUCCUACUCCUCAUCGCUUCUCUCGUCAGCGCAAAACACAACGGGAUCCACGAGCACCUCGAAACCCUUCACAAACGACAUCGCGCAAAUCGCGAAGUGGCCGCCAGGUCAACGGCUGAAGACGGACAGCAAGGAGUAGAAGUAAGAUCGAUUCCAGAAAGUCCGAUAUCUGCGACCAGUUUGGAGAAGCGGCAAUCGCAAUGUGCGUUUCCCACAGAUGCUGGUUUGGUCGCGGUCACCCCAGGAGAUGAGAACGGCGGUUGGGCCAUGAGCCCCAACCAGCAGUGUACACCAGGAACCUACUGCCCAUACGCUUGUCCAGCUGGACAAGUGUCUAUGCAAUGGGACCCCAGUGCGACAUCUUACUCAUACCCCCAGUCAAUGAACGGUGGACUUUACUGUGAUCAGAACGGCAACAUACAGAAACCAUUUCCCAGUAAGCCAUACUGCCAGUCCACCAGUACCAAUAUCGGCGUCCAAAACAAUGCCGGUAGCGUUGUGGCAUUUUGCCAGACUGUGCUUCCGGGAAAUGAAGCCAUGUUGAUUCCCACGUCUGUCAACGGUUACGCGACUCUCGCAGUACCAGAUCCGAGCUACUGGUGUGAAACUGCAGCGCAUUAUUACAUCAAUCCUCCCGGAAUCAGCACUGAUCAAGCUUGUGUAUGGGGUACGAGUGCUAACCCUUACGGCAAUUGGUCUCCCUACGUGGCCGGAGCCAAUGCCGAUUCCUCCGGGAAUACAUUCAUCAAGCUCGGUUGGAAUCCUAUCUAUCUUGAGCCCGCCACACCUUUCCGCAAUCAAAUGCCAGAUUGGGGUGUCAAAAUUGAUUGUCCCAACGGUGGAUGCCAAGGCCUACCAUGCUCAAUCGAUCCAUCUCAAAACAGUGUUAAUGAAAUGGUUGGCGAUUCGAGUAUUGGAGCGGGAGGUGGCGCCUUCUGCGUGGUGACAGUUGCCAAAGGCUCGACCGCCAACUUCGUGGUCUUCAAUGCCGGUGGUGACACCAGCGAUAGUGGCGGUCAUGGUGGCUCCAGCUCAUCAACAUCCUCGUGGGGUGGCAAUAAUGGCGGACAGUUUUUUCAAUCCACCAGCUCCUGGCAAUCACCCACGGCUUCUCAGUCAUCCUCGUCCAGCGAAGCAUCGACCAGCUCAAUCGAGUCUUCUACAGAGUCCUGGACUUCGUCGGCCAUAACGACAAGCUCUGUUCCUGCGGUUUCGGCUUGGACGGGGUCUACCACGGCAACCGGUUACUCCUACGGACUGCCAACUCACUCGCCAUAUUACUCCUUGUUCAAUCACACCACGUAUACGCCUCCCACGGGGGUUACCGAAGGAGCCGCUGAAACAACAGCCGAAGCCACAGCAACGCCGUCCGGGCCAGCCUCGUCUACGAUUGCUCCACUCUUACCUGCCACUGGUGGCUCCUCGACGGCCCAACUCUCUCUUGCCAGCAUCCUCUCUGCCUUGGCCAUUUACGUGGCCGUCGCAAUAUGACACCUACAUGCUCUCCAAUAUUCUGUGGUAUGGUAUCGCAAAGCAGAAGAGCUCCGGGUUAUCGUAUGGGACUUGAAAAAUAGUGCAGCUGGUCUCGCAGACCUGAUUCCGACCAUUGACUCGGCUGGACGAUUUGACCACACCUUUUCACUUCUGGAUGGACAUUUUGGAUUGAAACUUUACCGCCUUUUUUUUGCACAAGGAGAACAUACUUUCAUGUCCGUAUCAUUCUGGUAAUGCCGGCAAGGGGUUAGGGUUACGUCAACCACGUGUUCGCAUUCGGAUCACCACCUGCUCGCCCGGGAGAUUUUUGUUGAUAGCACCGCAAACUCAGAAUAUCUACGGUUUGGAGACCCUGUUCUAACGAUGCCCACGUCUGUUUGUUGGAAGUUCAUGUCGGGACACAAGUAUCGAGGUGGGCUUUGAAGAGAGUUGAUCGUUCGAGAUUGGCACUUCGCGGUUGGGAAUAUCAAACGUGUGACGUUUGGCUGUGUUUGGCCCGAGAGUAUAUAGUUGCUUUUAAUCGGAUCUGUUGAUAACCCA